AAUCAUACAACCCAGUAGAAUAUAAGUCAGUCAGAUCAGUAGAGUCUUCACUGGUAAGGUACUCUUGAAUCUUUUAAGACCUACUCUUAACUGUGCAGGAACAGCAAAACAUCCAUAACCAUGAAGUUGCUUCUGGCCGGGAUUGUUCUGAUCUUAAUUGUGGAAGCCAAUGCCCAGUGGUACAAAUUUCCUGUUGAAGCCGCUCAGGGAUCUCGUGAUAUGUAUCGAGCAUACACUGAUAUGAGGAAUGCCAACUGGAAAGACUCAGACAAAUACUUCCAUGCCAGAGGAAAUGCUGAUGCUGCCAGUAGAGGAGCGGGGGGCAGAUGGGCAGCGGAGGUUAUCAGUAAUACCAGAGAGUGGGUGCAGGAAAGAACCGGUCACGGAGCCGAGGACUCCGCUGCUGAUCAAAAGGCAAAUGAGCAUGGGCGCAAUGGAGGAGAUCCCAACCAUUACAGGCCAGCAGGACUUCCUGAUAAUUAUUAGUAUGAAAGCCAUUGGCAUCAAUCAAUAAUAAAACAAACAAAAGAAAAGUCUUCUGUUUGUGUUAUUGACAUGCAGACACGGUAAAAAGAGUUUUACACAACAAAUAAAGAUUAAUUUUGUCAUUGGACUUCACCCUG